AGGAGGGGGUCGGGAGGUGCUCGCCAAGACCCUCUCGACACUUCGUUUGCGGCUGCUGUUCCGGUACAGCCUCCCCGCCUCAGCCGGCGUCUCCGCAGACAUCGCCCCGAUGGCGCUCAAACGGGCCCGGGGGCUCGUGUGAGGCCUCCGGACGGGGCGCGGCGCCAUGGUCGACCGGGCCCAGCGAGCAACUCCGCAGGCUGAUUGUGAUUGGAGGGGUCUCGGCAUGGGCAGGCUGGCGGGUAUGGCUGGAUGGCACCUUUCUGCCGCUGCAUCCUCACUGCUGUGAAGUUGAGGGAAAAAGCCACAAAGGAGUGGAUUUCCCCUAGAGAAGCCAAUGAACAAAAGGUCAUUUAUUUCUGCAUGCAAUGAGGAAGAAACUUGCUCCACCAUUUCCCCGCCUCUUCCUGCAAGAUGUUGGCUCCUUUCUGCACUGAUCACUUCAGGUCGUGAAUGGAAAUGGAAGUUGGCGGCAGCGGAGCUGGGAUAUAGAAAUAGUUGUUUCCAGCGGCACUCCCUGGCUCUGCUCCACACCUCAUAAAUAAUAACUCUCACCUUGUUUUAGCUACGAAGAGAAGCAAAAGCAAGCUGCCUGUGUCUUCAGCAAACCUAAGGUGGUCUCUUGGAGAGGCAGAACUGAGCACUGUUUUUAACUAAUAUUAUUGAGGAAAUAAGCUUGCUUUAUUUUUUUGGCUGCAAUUUUUUUUUCCCACGCUUGUGACAGCAUCUUGAUGGGGAAGCUGAUCUCCAAAGGCUAUCACAAAAGAGAUGCUCGAGUUGUCAUGCUAGGGCUCGACUUUGCUGGCAAAUCCACCAUUCUAUACAAACUGAAGAGCAGCUGGGCUAUGGAGACUAGCCCAACGGUGGGCUUCAACGUGGAGUCUCUGCAAACACCCUGUGGCGUCUCCUUCACCCUCUGGGACAUCGGUGGACAAGGCAGCCUGCGGACAAGCUGGCCUGACUACCUGGAGGACACCAACGCCCUCAUCUUUGUGUUUGACAGCACGGACACGGCCCGGCUGCCUGAAGCAGUGGCGGCGCUGGAGGAAGUGCUGAGCCACCCCAGCAUGGCUGGUGUCCCCGUCCUCCUCCUGGCCAACAAGCAGGAGGUACCGGGAGCGCUGGCUCCUGCCAAGCUGGGGGAGAGGCUGCAGCAGGGGCGGCUGGUGGGGCACCGCUGGGUGCUGCGGGGGUGCAGUGCCUGCACCGGGCAGGGCCUGCAGGAAGCCCUGGCCGUCCUGGGAGUGCUGCUGCGGGGUCUGGAGCAGAGGUCCUGAGCCUGAGAGCAAACCCGAGUCCCAGCGCAAACCUGAACCUCGGGCAGACUUUUCCCACUCGUUGAUGCCCACAGGUUUGCCAUAGAGGAUCCCAGCCUCAUGUGCCCCCUGAACUGAGCAGAUCUGCACUUGGCACAUACCACGCGGAAAAACACCCAUCCACUCACCACUGAAACCUCUUGCCACCAGGAAGACCUCUGAGCAGAACUCCCAUCGUGGAGCAUUUUUUGCUCCAUCUCUUGGACUUUCAUCACUGGCUGCAGCUUUUCCCACAGUCACCAGGCUCUGCUUAUCUUCCUUAUGUAUGUCCAGUGCUUCAGCAGGGACGCUUUUUGCCAGAGCAAUAUAAAUUACACCAGAAAUGCACACAAGAGACUGGGGCGUUACUUUCUUACCAUGGCUCUCAGCCCCAAUGCAGCUAUCUUGAUGGGCUGAUGCCCACGGAGGGGUAUUUGAACAUGCUCCAUGGUGCUUCUCGAUCAGCUCGAAUCACACUUUCAUCCGCUAGAAAAUCAGCAGCUGCUAAAAGGGAAUGGCUGAACUGGAGCAGUGUAAGCAAAGGACUUAGAACAACCAGCAGCUAAUUGGUUUUAAUGAGGCAUCUACAGGUAUAAUCUUCGAGCCAUGGAUGUGAGUCAGGAUUGGAUGUGUAUAUAUUAAUUUCUGUAUUUCUUGGUUUAGGUCCUGUUCAAUUGUUAUAUUUAUCAAAUACUGAUUUAAUGAAAGCUGUACCUCAUUUUCCUUGGAUUAUAUUUAAAUAUGAAGAAAUCAAA